CACUGUAAAAAAUGCCGGGAAAAAUUGACAGAGUAAAAUGAGAUCAUCCUUUUAUUGGUAAAUUUUCACCCAAUAUGUCGAUAAAAAUAGUAGUUGGGCAAAUAAUCAAUGUGACCAACACUGGCACAAUGCUUGUCGUUAGGAGAAAUAUACCCAUUUAAUGGUUAUUACCUCAAGUUGAUAUGCAAUCGUCCAAAAUUGGGUAAAAAUGAUGCAUGCACUGCAAUAGCUCAAAAAGUGGGUAGAGUUUGGACCACAUGACAGAAAACUUCCAACCAACUGGCAAGGUAUCACACAGACACGGCGUGUCGAUCGGAACCAACAAUGGACGCUUUGCUCGAAGAAUGGGGCUUUGAAUCGUUAAAAGAAACGUUUAAUGGUAAGAACUAAAGUUUAUAAUUAUAUCUUUCCCAAGCAAUUAACCUCUUUUAGUAUUCUUAUUUGAGUAUUGUGCCUAAUGUGCCCUCCAGUAUACUUCCCCUAUCUACGGCUGGCAUAGGCCGGAUGCACAUGUGAGGCAGGUAGGCCAUAGGACUAUUUCUCCUCACAGGCCCCAAGGUGUGGCCGCUCUAGGCCAAGCACCCUGACCUAUGCUUUAUGUCAAAAUAGGCCUAUGAUAUAAAUAAGAGAAAAAAGGCUUCAAAAUAUUCCAUUAUCCACAUUUAAUAGUUUACAAUAUGAUGCUUCAAACAAAAAUGUGAGGUCUCGCCACAAAAUGAGUCUCAUGGUUGGAAAUUCAAAAAUUGAGUUUAAGUAAGGUGAAUAAAGUUGUUUAGAGAGUUUACAGUAGCAAGAAAUGCUGUGGAAUGAUCAAAGAGGAGGGAUAACAAUGAUUUUGGCUGUUAUUAGUGUUUUCAAAAUUGUAGUAUUUGAAGUAAAUUAUGCAGCAAUGUUUUAUUUUCCUGCAGCAAAUGAUCCUAAGCCGUCACUGGCAGUUGAAAGUGUUGAAGUUACAGACGAUAUUAAUAUGAAGGUACAAUGGUUGAAAGAUAACUUAGAACCGAAAAAUCAGGUACAGCAGUUCAUGACGACCACUUUCAACUACCGAAUAGAAUGGAUAAAGGAUAAACAGCGAUCCGUUUCAGAUAUACUAAAAGAAUUCCCAAGACUUCUGGAUAACGAUAUGAUUGACCAGGACUUUAGAUCUUCAUAUCCUGAAGCUGCUGAUCGAAUGUAUGAAUUUCAAAUAAUUAAUGUUCAAGCGUACGUGGAUAGCAUAAAUCCAGAAACCCACCGACAACCAUUCAUAUUGGCACUUGGAGGCAAAGUACAUCCAUCGGACCAGUUCAUAAUAAUCGAAAAUAAGGUAAUUCAGCAGCCAUCUCUUUUUAAAGCGGUGGAUGUGUGUUAUAAAUUGCACUAUGUACCGUAUUAGAUUGUAAAUACCAGGAAAAAUGCAGAUGGGUAUGGAAGUUCUUCGAAAGUUGUGUCAAUCGAAGGAAAAAUGAGAGAGUGCAUCCUUGAGAGCCAUGAGAGCAUAUUUAACGUUUAGAGAUGUUGUGUAGAUAAUUAUAAUGUGCCAAGUAAAAUAACCUCAGAAAAACGUGAAAUAUACAGUAAAGUGAGCAGUGAUUUAGAAUAGGCUAUUGAUGGGUUGUUACAGCAGUGGAUACAUGCCCUUUUGCAUGGUGAUAGGGCAUGAUGUGGGGAUACCAAAACCAAGUUACUGGAAAUCUUAUUCGACCUCUGUGACCUUUGACCUCAAUUUUUAUCUUUUUUUUAAUUGAAAAACAUAAAAUUGCCAUAUCUCUGUAAUGCUUCAGUCUUUUGAAAUAAUUGUGGUGCCAAAUCGCUCAGAACACACACAUUUAUAUUUACUCUAAUACAACUUUUCGCAUAAAACCCAAUUCUUAUUGUGUUUUUUCUUAAAAAUCAUGUUUUUGGUCAAAACUUUUAAAUGGUCAUAUCUCUACAAUGCUUGGUCCUAGAGAAAUUAUUUUGGUGUCAAAUUGUUCAGAAGA